UCAUUUCAUCUCGUGUUUACUGGCUAUUUUCUUGUAGCGACACUAUGGACAAGGUACAGUAGUGUAUCAUGGAUCAGAGUAAAUGUGGUAUGAUGUUGUAGUUCCGUGACCAUGCAUAUCUUGGCUAUGCUCUUCUCCUACUUCUUCGCUCCCAAAUCCUGGGCAGUGCCGGCUUACUGUGCCCGUCUCCAAUGGUCCUAUCAACAUCGGGUGCCCCCGCUGUAUAACGUUCACGCUUUCUCGGUUUACCGCGACCGGUCCAAUCUCCAAAAAGUGCGACAAGUUCGCAGUCAUUGGAAAUCAUGUUCUUAUCAUCAAUGGGGAGCCGUAAGCCUCAAAUAUCGUUUCCUCUGCACCAGCCCCCCAAUUGGUUCAUUGGCUACAUUCAAUCUCCCCAAUUACUUAUUUCAAAACCACAGAGAUGUAUAUAACGCCAUGUAACAAGUCCUCGCAGUUGGCGAGGCACCUCCUUUGCCCAUUUCACAGAUCGCCUCACCAAUACCAUCGCCAGAGAUGGGUAUGUCCCUUCGCGAAAACCUCGUCGGAGGUUUCAUUUCUGGGCUUGUGUUCCAAGGCUCCUCGGUUCAAUUACCAUUCAGGUCUUCCUCUAUCACCGCAGAUUCCCUGAGGACCCUAUCUUUUUGAA